AUGAAUCAGCAAACAGAGCUACACCAGUCGACACCAAAGGAACAGGGACUCUCAGUAAACCCAGACGCCAAGAUAGAUACAUCUCCUGCACUAACGAUCCACCCGGCAUCAGCAGGAAUCAAUAGUAAAAUCACAGGGGGCAGCAUAUCUAGGGUAACUCCCCCCACCCCAGUAAAAGUAAGUCUCAGGAGUUCAAGAUGA